UUAUCUCAAAUAAGUGCAGCGUAUUGAUGUAUUGUUAUUAUCAUAAAUGCAAAUUAACAAAAAUUAAGCGUAAUUCAUAUAAGAUUAAUUUGAAUUUGAUUCUAGUUAUCAAAUUUGAUUGACUUGACUCAUUUAGAACCUUAAUCACAGGGUUUAAUAGUUCAUAUACGUUGCAAUACCAAUUCACGAUUGGCAGCAAAUGGGUCUUCAUCACCACCCUACCAACUAAAUCAAGAGUUGGGAAGGUAACCUUAAUUCAAAGGAGGAAGAAACAUGGUUACGAAUACACUGUAUGUGCCUCAUGACUUGAUCAUCCAAAUUCUACUGAGGUUACCGGUUAAGUCUCUUAUACGUUUCAAAUGUGUUCGUAAGUCGUGGUUAACUCUUAUCUCUAAUACUCAUUUUGCAAAUUCACAUUUUGAAAUUACCUCGGCACACAGUCGUAGAAUUUUGUUCAUAUCAUCUCCAGAUUUUGAAACUCGAUCUAUGGAUUUGGAAGCGUCAAUUACCGAUGAUUCUGCUUCUACUUCACCGAGCCUUCAGUUUUUGUGCCCCCAAUAUUAUUUUCGUCUUAGAAUUAUAUGUUCAUGUAGAGGUUUUAUAUUUUUGCACCGCUCUACAAUGAUCUACCUAUGGAAUCCGUCCACUCGAGUUCACAAACAAAUACCUUUGUCUCCUAUUGAUUCCAUUUAUGGUGUCAAUUACGAGUAUAUUUGUUAUCUAUAUGGUUUUGGGUAUGAUCAGUCGAGAGAUGAUUACUUGCUGGUUACAAUGUCCUGUGAUAGAAACUUACGUUAUAACUUACAUGGUGAUUAUUAUUCACGUUUGGAGUUUUUCUCAUUGAGAGAUAAUACUUGGAGUGAAAUUGAGGGUACUCACUUCCCUUACAUGAACGCCUUUGAUUAUCCCAUGGUAGGGUCGCUCUUUAAUGGGGCUAUUCACGGGUUGGCUUUUCAUCUUGAUUUAUCGAUGAUUGUUAUCGUUGCCUUUGAUUUAACUGAAAGGAAUUUUCUAGAGAUUUAUUUGCCAGAUGAUCUAGAGAUUUAUUUGCCAGAUGAUCCUGAAUAUGAACCUUUAGAAUGCAAUUUGUGGGUAUUUGGAGAAUGUCUUAGUGUGUGGACUAUGCGGGAUGAUAUAGUUGAAAUAUGGGUGAUGAAAGAAUACAACGUGCAUUCGUCUUGGACUAAAACUCUUGUUUUUUCUAUUGAUGUCAUUCCAACUCGUUGUUUUUCUCCAGCAUGCUGUACAAAAAGUGGUGAUAUUAUUGGAAGAGAUUUGGAUAAUGGAUUGGUGAAGUUUGAUAACAAAGGACAGUUGCUGGAGCAUUCCUCCUAUUUUAAAGGCGAACAUCGUGAAUCCCGAGUGGCUAUGUAUACGGAGUCUCUGUUUUCACUUCCCGGUAAUAGUGAGCAAGGUUAAAAAGAUGACACAAACAAGAAGAAUAAGGGUUCUUUAAAUUCGCUUGUAUCUCUGUUGAAGUGUAAAUGUAAUGCAUGGACGUACAGCUUGGUCAUGCAAUUGAAAAUUUAUGGCUUCUAGUGGAUUAUGUGCUUGAUUAUUUUGGUUUCUUUUGGAUUGUUAGCAAUAAAAAGUGAGGCAUGUACUCGGACCAGGUGCUGUCAUAAUACAGACUUGAAGCAGAGUUGUUUUCUUUUGGGACUGGUUUUUGAGUUGUCUUGUAUUAUUAUGUUCUUUUUUCUCAGACUGGUUGUGUUAUGUGUGGAUUAGCAGUGGUGUUAUUCUGUAAAGAAAGUGCAGAUUUCAGUUUGGCUUGUAUCUUUUUAAACUUUAAUCAAUCAU